GAAAGCAAGACUAAACUAAAUUCAUAGUCCAUCGUCAGCCUCUCUGGGUGACUGCCAGAAGACGUAGAAUUGUGGCAUCACAACAGAUUGGAAGUUGAGCAAGUUCAGGACUAUGUCUGAAUGUAUCCAGCUCUCAUUUGCUGUUUGUAGAAUUGGCAUUUAUACGUGUUUUAGAGCACUUUGCUGCAAGGGACCACCACCACCACGACCUGAAUAUGACUUGGUUUGCAUAGGCCUCACUGGCUCUGGCAAGACGAGUCUUCUGUCACAGCUUUGCAGCGAAAGUGCAGAGAAUAUAGUGUCUACCACAGGUUUUAGCAUAAAAGCAGUGCCAUUCCAGAAUGCCAUCUUGAAUGUAAAAGAACUUGGAGGAGCUGACAAUAUCAGGAAAUACUGGAGUCGUUACUACCAAGGAUCCCAAGGGGUAAUAUUCGUAUUAGACAGUGCCUCCUCUGAAGAUGAUCUAGAAACUGCUAGGAAUGAACUGCAUUCUGCUCUCCAGCACCCACAGUUAUGUACUUUGCCGUUUUUAAUACUGGCCAAUCAUCAAGACAAGCCAGCAGCUCGCUCCGUACAAGAGAUCAAAAAAUAUUUUGAACUUGAGCCACUUGCACGUGGAAAGCGCUGGAUUCUUAAACCCUGCUCCUUGGAUGAUAUGGAGGCAGUAAAAGACAGCUUCUCCCUUCUAAUAAACUUAUUAGAAGAGAGAGACUUCGAACCUUCAAGAAUGUGAAACACAAGAGAGAAAAGUGGUUCUCCAUUCAUCACUGUACCUGUUCAUUCUGCUCACAGCUUAAUUAUGGUGUGAUAUCAAGACUGUGCUAUGAUAUGUUGUUCAUACGCAGUUAGUGCAGAAUACCCUUUUGGUAAAUUAAAUACUCUGUGAAUCAGGUACAUGAUUAUUUCCAGUAAAGGUGUCUACACUACUGAAAUAGGGAGUUCCUCUUUGUUUACCACUAGUUCUGCACACUGCAUGUUGCUUUCUUGCAUUGUCAUCAUCCUUGAUAGGAAAUUUUGCACGCACAAAAAUAACAUAGUCUAUAAAGGAGGAAUUCUGCCUGCUACCUUGGCUUUUAAAAAUAACUAAUGUCUUAGGGAUUUGUGAGACUAAUUUGUAUUAGCUUGUUUACUGACCCCCACAGUCUGUCUAGAAAGCACAGCCACUGAGAAUCUUGAUGUAUGAUACCUUAAAAGCAAGGAGUUUCUUGUUAAUGCACAAGUUUAGUCUGGAGUUUUACUAAAUGAAAAUAUAAUCGACGUGUUGGUUGAGUCCUCUUCUAAAAUGUAAUGCAUAACCUUGUCAAAGACAUAAAACAUUAUUUUGGUGGAAGUUUCCUGAAGAGGAAAUUAAGGCACAGAUGUAUGUGCAUGUAACAGUAUUUGUUAAGAAUAGGUGACAAAAAAGAUGGUCUAAGUAAUAAUAUUGUAGAAAAUACACAGAGGAGGGAUAAAGUAACAACUUUCACUGAAACUAGUUUUUCAUGAAGAAAAGCAAAGCAGUCUCGUAAAUCAGCUGUGGAGGCAUGCUUUGUUACUAGUUGGAAGUGUAACGAUUUUAAAUAAGGAUUGCCUCCUGUAUCAUUUGCUCAUAGAGUACUACUGUUAUCAUAACAGUGCCAAGGCAUCUAUACCGUAAUUAAGGGCCUGCCAGUGUUUGUAUUAUAAGCUUCUCUUUUCAAGAGUUUAUAACUUGUUCUCUAAAACUUCCUCUGAGCUGCGUGUUACUUAGAAGACAAAAUAGUAUUCAUUGGGUACAACACUUGUAAUACAUUUGGAAAAAUCACAUUUGGUUCCUGUAACACAGUGCAUAUUUCCUCUUUCCAAGUUUUCCCCAUUGUAGAUUUGCAGGUUUUUGACUGCCUUCUGUUGGUUUUUAAAACCAUAUAAACCAUUUUGGUCUGAUAAAGAAAUGUGCCAGGUCAGUGACUCACAAUUAAGUCAGUCACAACAGUGUAUGUGCCAACCAGUCACUGGACUGGUGCACACCUUGAAUGUUGUGCCUUGUGCAUUCAGCUCCCCAUGUGCAUGAGUGCCUGCAAACCCAAACUGUAGUGAUGUGCCAAUGGUCCUUCAUUGAUUCUACUUCUUACGCGUUAAAAUUUGUAAACCAUUUUUCAAGGCUUUAAGCAGCAUAUCCUUCCACUCUGAACAUUUAUUUUUUAAGUUUAAAGUAUAUUCUAGUUUCUCACUAGUUUAUUUGAGAAUAAAGAAAUAGCAAGGAUCAGCUUAUAAAGGCUUAUAAAAGCUGUUUCUCUAUUAUUUGUAAUUAUACUCUUUUUAAAACAAAAUGUUUUUAUAGGUCUUUGUUUACUUUUUAAUUUCCAUGGAUUUCUUGGCUUGCUCCUUCAGAACUAUAUCUGCCCAAAUUAAUGGCCUGAUAAUCACUCUUUCAGCUCAUUUCCUAUUAUCAGAAUGAAGCUGGGAAAACUGGUAAGCUCCUUGUUUAAUUUUAUAAUAGAAUAGCCAGAAAGCUUUGCUCAUAAGCCUGAAGGACAUCUCUUCUUGCUUCAUUUUUCUUCUCUUUCCUGCCAGGUCAGUCUCCUCAGUCCUCAGACUCUUGGAAACACCCAAGAACUGGAAUCGCUCAUUUUAAAAUACAGGCUGAGGAGCCCUAUUUUGGUUCCAGUUCUCUCUGUACAAUUUAGAAGCAACCCAGAUGCCCAUCAGUUUCUCUUGUGUGGCUUAAGGAAGCUCCUCUUCCUAAGUUUAAAGAGGAACUGGAUCUGAUUUAGAGCUCCAGACUCUCUUUCUUAGCUAACAUGAGUAAAUACAGAAUCCUUAGAUUGCCACAAGGUCCCCAGAUUUCUGUCCCAGUUAGGGACAACAAGAAGUGAGAAAUGUUGGGGAGGAGUGAGAGAAGUAUUUCCCAGGAGAAGGCAGACAGUUUGGGGAGGCAAAAAGAGGAAUUUUUUUUUUUAAUUUUUUUAAAAAGAGGAAAAUUUUACUGCUUUUUCAUUUAACAUUAGUUAGAAGGUGAGAGGUAAAAUCUUUUUAUUAUUUUUGCCCUUCUUUCCCAUACUAAAAUGAGGGACCAAAGGCACAAGUGAAAAUAAUCCCAGCUGAACGGAAUUCUUGGAACUGUACUUAUUUGUACCAUCAGUGAGUCUGGCCCAAAGAUUUUGGGGGUUUUGAUUUAUAUUUUGGUCAUGAUUUCCCAACUAUGCACUGUUGGAAGGUGCUACGUGGCUAACAUCUAAAAGGCCCAACUAGUCAAAGAGACAUGGCUUUGGCAUAUGCCAACGUAGUUAGACAAGGACCUUUUGAUGCUUAAUGCUUUUUCUUUAGGAAAAUACCAACUGCACAGGAGCAGUAAUUGUUUUCAUAAUGAUUUUAAAUAUGCUUAUUCUUACUAAUAUAGCGAUCAUUCCUUACGAUAGGUUGAAACAAUACCUCAUAACUGAUUAUGGCUAAGACCAACGCUUAACUUUACUUUGAAUGUAGUUCUUUUGUGGUUUUGUGUUGUGGAUGGACUUAAAUGGUUGUGUACCUUUUUAAUGUCUAAACACCUUCACGUUUUUAUGGAGGGAUUAAAAAUGUCCGUAGCAACUCCUGUCACGCAUCCUUUUCUAAAGUGUUCUUGAAUACUAUGGCUGUGGUUCAGUAUGUGAGCACCAUGCAGUUUUUAUUCAGAUGACCAGUCUUAUUUGCUUUUUUAUCUUUUCACACAUGUUCAUCAUUUAGAUGAAAUAAACUUGGGCACUAGGCCCUACUUUCCAUGCAAGUUCAUUAAGGAGUGAACAUUGUCUUUUUAAAAAAGAUAUUGUGCUUUAAUGUUCUUUAGACAUCUGUUGAAUUACUUUGUGUGUGUAUGUGUGUGUAUGCGUAUGUGCCCACAUUGGGCUUCUUCUCAGACCUGUGGCUGUCUGCAAUGUUUCAGCCGUCAGAAUGAAAACAUUAUCAAUCAGUAUCCAACAACAGCUGGUUUUGACAAGCUUCUGUCUGCUGCCUAACGCUUUACAACUUGUCAGUAAGACUUGCUUUGUCUACCCCUUCUCAGCUGGUAAUCUUACUGCUUCCAUGUUGUGUCCUGUGCUUGUACUUCUAGCAUUUGUAUGGAAAGAAAAGUUAAAUCUUAGUGGGUUUUGAUAUUCUUUCUUGCUGUAUAAUGUUCCAUGUGUAUCUUAGCUUGCUUAUUCAAAUGCGCUUUACAAAAAUCUGUGAUGUAUUAUUUCAUUUACCUUCUUGCAUUUCAUUAUAUUUAUAGAAGUUGCAGAUUUUUGUACCGUAUUAGUUAAUACAGUUGCCUUUUUGUAAUGGCAAUUAAUUUAUAUUACAAAAGUUUGUAUCUUUACUGUAGUUGAGAGUAUUAGUUAACUGCCAUAUUAUCUUGACUUUAUACUAAAAAUAGUGUCUAUACAAAGUAGUUGACCCAUUCAAGUGGACAACUGCCAGACAUGAAAAACUUGUACUGUUUGUGAUUUAUACAUGAUUUCCACUAUCAAAAGCAAAAUGAAAAUAAACACUGUGUAGAGUUGA